UUAUUAGAAGAAGAACCUGAAAAAGCUGAGGAAUCUGAAGAAAAAGAUGAUUUAAAAUCGAAAGAAAAAUCUCAACCAAAAGAGAAAAAUGAUUCAAAAUCAAAAGAAAAGUCUAAAGAAAAGGAGAAAAACGAUUCAAAAUCGAAAGAAAAAUCCCAAGCAAAAGAAAAAAACGAUUCAAAAUCUAGAGAAAAGUCACAAGCAAAAGAGAAAAUUGACUCAAAAUCAAAAGAAAAGUCUAAAGAAAAGGAGAAAAACGAUUCAAAAUCUAGAGAAAAGUCUCAACAAAACGAUAAAAACGAUUCAAAAUCUAAAGAAAAAUCUCAACAAAACGAUUCAAAAUCUAAAGAAAAGUCUAAAUCAAAAGAAAAAUCUGAUUCAAAUUCAAAAGAAAAGUCUAAAUCGAAAGAAAAGUCUCAGCCACAAGAGCAGUCACCGGCAAAAGAAAACUCUGAAGAGGGAGGUGAAGAAAAUGAAACUAAAUCAAAACGAACAUACAUCGAAAGAAUCACCAACAACAUAAAUUUCAUUGAGAAAACUCUGGAAAUGUUUCCAAUACCAGAGAAGCCACUACAUUGUCCACCACCUCCCGAAGAGAAACAUCGUUUUAAGCCGUCUGGCAUAAAGGAAGCAGCUGUAACAAUUCAAGAAGGUGAAGAUGGAAAAUCUUCAAAAAAUUACAAUUUUGACGAGAAGACAAACUUCCUUGCAACUCCGAAGAUGUCCAUCGUAACAAGUGCUUACGACACUGUCUAUGAUCUCGUUCAAGACUACACCAAAGACGUUCGAGUGUCUUCUGCUUUGUGCACACAAGAAGACAAACCUGAGGAAGGUGAAGGCGAAGACGAAGAAGCAGAAUCACCACCAAAGAAAGUCUUAAACAAUCAUCAAAAAAUGACAAUGAAAAAACAGUUGGAAGCAAAGCGUGCGAAACGAGAUUAUGAAAAGAUGGCGAACCGUUCGAAUCGUCUCCUCGAAGCUAUUCAAAAUAAUUUGGAUAGAAUAACAGAGUUCCAAACAAAACCUGCUGAAAAUGGACCGUCGGACUUCUAUCAUCACAAUACUUGUACAGCUGAACCUGAUGCAGAACCAGAGCCCAAAUGCAUUUAUAAAAUGAAGAAACCUUACGAGACUGUCGUCAGUUCUCGCUCGACGAAGAUUCGAUUGAUUGCAUCUUUGGAGUUGUAUGAGAAUUGGUUGAAGGAAACCUCACUUGAUGUCAGGUAUCGUGAGCAAAUAAAAAACAUUCAACUACUCGUCAAAGAGAUGAAAGAUGAUGAAAAUCAGGGAGAAGGUGAAGAUGCUGAAGAAGAGACUGAAAUUCCAAUUAAACCAUUUCUAGUUUCAAAGCACACGAUUCAACUCCUUCUCAAUAUGGAGAAUUUAAAGAAGAAAAUCGAAGAAUAUCCGACAACAGUUGAUGAGAGUCAUGAGAAGUCACAUCAGCAUUUUGACAGUGAACCAUUCGAGCAUGUCCAAGGUGUUUACAAUGCUGAAUGGACGGAAAAGUUGGCAAAACCCAAACCAGUUCUUUUGAAAAGUGUUUUUGAGGAUUUCGGAAAAUUUAUGUCGAAGGAAAAGUGUGAAAGAAUUCAAUGCAUUUUAGGAGAUUGUUUAGAAAAAUCCCAGCCGAAGGAAACAACUGCAAAAAAAUCUCCUGAAGAGUUGAAAAUAAAAAAUCGUCAAAAAGCUGUCAAACUUUAUGCUCAAAUCGAGAAGAAAGUGACUGAAGAUGUUUUGAACGAAAUUUCAACUGAGAUGACGAGAAAGCUUCAGAAAAAGAUGAAACAACGUAAAGAAUCUCCAGUGAUAACAAUAAAUCGUCGAAAGCUCAACACCCACACUUACAAUACAAUUUUCGCUUUAAAUCCUCCAAAAGACCACGAGGAAAAUCAAUUUUGCUGCAGCUUCAGUCGACUCGUGGCUGACAUAAUUUUAAAGACAAUGAUCAACUCAAUAAAUUCAAUUAAGCCACCAAACAAAAAACAAUGCUUAAGGAAAAUGAAAGCAGCUGAAAAUAAUCGCGACAUCAUUGAAAUUGCAAACAAGUUAUCUGUGAAAUUUAACUUAAAUGAA